CUCUCUCUCUCUCUCUCUCUCUCUCUCUCUCUCUCUAUCUGUGUGUGUGUGUGUGUGAGCAGGAAAAUGGCAAAGGCCAAUAUUUCAGUAGAUCAGGAUCAGUUGAGCUGUCCAAUUUGUCUGGAUCUUCUGAAUAAUCCAGUGACUACUCCCUGUGGUCACAGUUUCUGUAAGGUGUGUAUUAAUGGCUGCUGGGAUCAAGAGGAUGUAAAGUGUGUCUACAGCUGUCCUCAGUGUAGAGAGACUUUCACUCCAAGGCCUGUUCUAUGGAGGAACAACAUGCUGGCUGAAGUGGUGGAGAAACUGAAGAAGACUGAACUCCAAGCUGCUUCUCCUGCUCACUGUUACGCUGGACCUGGAGAUGUGGAGUGUGAUUUCUGCACAGGGAGAAAACACAAAGCUGUCAAGUCCUGUCUGGAUUGUCUGGCCUCCUUUUGUGAAGAUCAUCUUAAACCUCACUAUCUGUCUCCUGCCUUUAAGAAGCACAAGUUAGUUGAAGCCUGUGCAGAGCUCCAAGAGAAGAUCUGCUCUGAACAUAACAAACUGAUGGAGAUCUACUGUCGUACUGACCAAAGCCUCAUCUGUUACUUGUGUAUGAUGGAAGAACACAAAGGCCAUGAUACAGUUUCAGCUAAAGCAGAAAGAACUAAAAAACAGAAUGAGUUAAAGGAGGAGCAGAUGAAAUGCCAGCAGAGGAUCCAGGAGACACAGAAGAAAGUGCAGGAGCUGAAACAAACUGUGGAGUCUGUUAUGAAGCGUUCACAGGUAGCAGUAGAUCACAGUGAGAGGAUCUUUACUCAGCUGAUCAGAUCCAUGAAGAAAAGGCGCUCUGAGAUGAGGGCGCUGUUCAGAGCUCAGGAGGAAGCUGAAUUGAGUCGAGCUGAACGACUCCUGAAUCAACUGGAGCAGGAGAUUGCUGAUCUUAAGAGGAGAAUAACUGAGAUGGAGCUUUCGCACACACACGAUGACAUCCACUUCCUCCAGAGUUUCCCGUCUCUCUGUGUUUUUCCUAAAUGUGACGACUCACUUAGCUUCACUGUCAAUCAACAUCUCUCAUUUGAUGGAGUGAGGAAAUCUCUCUCAGAUCUGAAAAAACGAGUCAAGCAAAUCUGUGAGGAGGAAUUCAACAAAAUCAGACCACAAGGUGAACAAACUAACAUUGCUUCUUUACUGGGAUACAGAAACAUUCAUGUAACUGAAAUAAGAAGUAAGCAGGAACAUGACAAUUGUCAUCUACUCAACUCUGCAGCAGUUCAUGUGAUUUUACCUUCAGAACCAAAGAGCAGAGAACAUUUUCUGCAGUAUUUCCGUUGUCUGACGCUGGAUCCAAACACAGUACAUCAUCAACUCAUUCUGUCUGAGAAGAACAGAGUGGUGACAUGCAGUGAGACACAACAGCGAUACUCUGAUCAUCCAGAGAGAUUUGACUAUUGGACUCAGGUGUUGUGUAAGCAGAGUGUGUGUGGACGCUGUUACUGGGAGGUGGAGUGGAGUGGUAAGGGCAUGGACAUAUCAGUGUCAUAUAAAGAGAUCAGCAGGAAAGGACGGGGUAAUGAGUGUGUGUUUGGACUCAAUAGUCAGUCCUGGAGUCUGUGGUGUUCUUAUUCCUCUGACUUUUUCUGGCACAACAACAGUAAAACUAAGCUCCGUGGUCCAUCAUCCUCCAGAAUAGGAGUGUAUGUGGAUCACAGUGCAGGAACUCUGUCCUUCUACAGCGUCUCUGACACCAUGAGGCUCCUCCACAGAGUCCACACCACAUUCACUCAGCCUCUAUACGCUGGGUUCCGGUUAUGCUAUAAUAACUCAACUCUAAUGUUAUGUGAUCAAGUUUAAUUGUUAGUAAAAGUUCUGAGUCAAAUUAAAAACUGAUGUGUCAGCUUUCUUUUUGAUUUGCAAAAUUAUUUUACAUUUAUAUUAUUAUACUACAUUUUCUGUAUAUAAAAAUACUUUCCUAAAAAAAAAACAGGAUUUUUGUAGAAGUUUUUAAAAAAAUCUCAAAAUAUUCAAGAAAACUUCAAGAUUACUUCUGUUGCUACAGAAAUAAUAAAAUGUAAUUGAUCUUAAAUUAUUUUCUUGCCUUGAAUUGUUACCGUUGUUAACUUAUCGACUGACUAAGUUUUUCUUUGUUUCUCCACUGAUGCCAUUGUUUUUUAUUAAACUUGCACUAUUUGUUUCA